AUGAAUUUUGACCAGAAGGCUGUGAAAUUCCUAGCAAAUUUUUACAUCAAUGAAGGCAAAUACUGGACACAUGGCCCCCUGAAGGAGACACCUCUUCAUUCUACUCAGCCCAAGGCUGCUGUGCUGUGGAACCAGGAUGAGAUGUGGCUUCCAAAGACUAACGGGGCCCCAGCUGGCCUCAGGUUAAGAUUGAGAACCACUAAGGAGAAUCCAUCUAUUGGCACUGAGACUCUGAGAGAGCUAUUGCUGGAGAGACGACCCCCAAUUUUGAUGGACCUGGAUGUCCCUGGACCUACCAAGUAUGAGGUGCCCAGUGCGUCUCUGCGAGAGUCCUCUGCACACCCCCACUACACCAUAGGCCGCAAGUACCAGGGCCGAGAGGGUGGUGGCCGCAGGGCAUGGCACACUAUGUGGCUCCAGAGUGAAAGCCCCUUCACACAGAAGUCCGACUUCAUCCAAGAGCAAAAGUGGCCGUCACCUGCUCAGUACAAGCCACUCAGCCAGCCUGCUUUCCCAGCCUUCAGCUUUGGAGGCCGCCAACACUCUACCUACAAGAUGCCUGAGACCCAGGUCCGCCCAGGGGUGCUUCGGGCCAGAGGUCCUUUUGUCAUUAGCCCACUCCAAGCUCCCCCGAAGUCCUCCAGCAAAAAUCACCCCAGCCCUAACACGUACAACAUCCUCCCUGGAUACCGUCUGCAGAGCACACGCUCACCUGCCUUCUCCAUGAGCCGAUCACCUGCCAUCUCAUCCUGGAUCAGCUCCUCAAAAACCCCCGGUCCAGCUGCCUACUAUGUGGAAGACUGCUACAACUCACGCUUCCCCUCCACACCAGGAGUGGUUAUCCAGGGAGUGCGUAGACCGAAACGCCAUGACACAGGCCCCUUCUGCACGUUGUAG